AUGACUCGCCACUCCACGAUUUAUGGGCUGAUUAAUCUCCGAUACAAUCUUACAAGGUCAAUGUUGUUUCAUUCCCAUGAUUCCAACAGUCAAUCACUCACAACCUCUCAGACCUUCAUAUCUGCUGCUGGUGACUUUGAAUUAGGAUUCUUUUCUCCUGGAAAGGCCGCAAAAUACUUUGUGGAGAUAUGGUACAAGAAAAUCUUAGAGCGAACCAUUGUGUGGGUAGCUAACCGAGACUAUUGGAUUCACAGAUCCGUCCGUGGUUCUUACGAUAUCUUAUGGGAGAGCUUUAACUAUGGACGCACUCCUGCCGGAAUGAAACUUGGAUAUGACAAAAGGGCUGGAAAAACAUGGUCAUUGGUGUCAUGGAGGAGUACAGAAGAUCCUGGUCUAGGAGAUUUCUCCCUGGAACACGACCCGGAUGAAAGUAGUCAGAUUUUUAACCUGCAAGGGCCCAACAGGUUUUGGAAUAGUGGGAUGUGGGAUGGGCAGAUUUUCAGCCAGGUUUUGAGCCCCGCUUCCCUGAAGAGUGGAAACUGCAAGACAGAUCUGGAGGGUGUGUGA